GCCUCUUUCGGUACUUUUACCACAAUGCCCAAACAACUAAUGCAGUGGACUCGCCGUGCAACCAAGCCGAUCAAGCCCCAACUCUCGCCAUCAGCGAAAUCAAACAACUCUCUUCCUUCCAUCCUCCUUCCACAAUUAAGACGGUGGAGUCGACAAUUUUGAAUGUUCCUCAUCCAAGGUCGGAAGGUUUCUGAGUUUUCCGAGCGUUAGAUAUAACCACAAGCUUCUCCUCAGCAGAAAGAAAUGGCUAUCCUGUAUGCCGUCGUGGCACGAGGUACGGUGAUUUUGGCGGAGUUCAGUGCCGUUACUGGAAAUACUGGCGCCGUCGUGCGUCGGAUCCUUGAGAAGCUGCCGAAUGAAGCAGACUCUAGGCUCUGUUUCUCUCAAGAACGCUACAUCUUUCACAUUCUGAGAUCCGAUGGCUUAACCUUCCUCUGUAUGGCUAACGAUACAUUCGGCAGGAGGAUUCCUUUUUCUUAUUUGGAAGACAUACAUAUGCGGUUCAUGAAAAAUUAUGGUCGAGUGGCCCAUUAUGCUCCUGCAUAUGCAAUGAAUGAUGAAUUUUCAAGAGUUUUACAUCAACAAAUGGAAUUUUUUUCCAGCAAUCCCAGUGCUGAUACCCUCAGCCGUGUUAGAGGUGAAGUAAAUGAGGUACGUACAAUUAUGGUGGACAAUAUCGAAAAAAUAUUGGAGAGAGGUGAUCGUAUUGAACUGCUUGUUGAUAAAACUGCAACAAUGCAAGAUGGUGCAUUCCAUUUCAAGAAACAGUCCAAGCGACUUCGUCAGGCUCUUUGGAUGAAAAAUGCUAAACUUUUAGCCCUGAUGACAUGCUUGAUCGUAGUAUUGCUAUAUGCAAUAGUUGCUGCUUUCUGCGGGGGAGUUACUCUAUCUUCUUGCAGAUCUUAGCUCACAAACGGGUAUGCUUUGAUAAAUAGAUUUGAACAUCAUUUGCGGGACUUUCAAAAUUGGAGAAUGGAUUCAGCGGCUUUGCACUAUAGAAAUCAUAAACAUAAAGUACCAAUGUUCAUAAAGCUGUAAACGUUCUAGAUUUGCCCUUUGUAAAUUCUUCUCCUGUGGUUGCAGUAUGUUUGUCGCUGCUGCUAUUGCUCCUGGAAAGCUUGUGAGUUUAUACUUCUACUUUUGACUCUUUUUUUCUUAAAGAAAAAUAUGCUUUGUAGAUUGCUUGAUGUUUAAUUGUUUAGUAAUGUUAUGUUUAUUAUUUGAAUGGAGUAUUUUGGUAUUUCAAUUGACAUUUUCACUUUUA